CCAGAGACCAGCCAUUCUCCGCCGUUGUUGGAAAACUCAAUGGCGUUGACACAGCCGAAGUGUCCGAGCAUAUCCUUCUUGUAGAGGCUGGUGCAGCCUGCCAGCCGGAGCCGCUGGAAUUCCUCCUUCAUGAGCGGCUGCCCGGUGAGCUCUCUGCGGGACAGAAAGCCCACGGAGGAGCGCAUGCCGCAGCCCCGGAGCUCCUUCAUUUUCCACAUGCACAAACACGGCCUCUAGGCUUUGUCCUCGCCGCGGCUCAUCGCCUUGUUCCGUGUGGACGCCUGUAGUGGAGGUGGCAGUGGGCUGGCACAGCUCGGCUGGGCUACAUUCUGGAGGGCAGCCCCGUGUCUCGUCCUGCCGCUGUGUGUGCGCUGUUUUCGGCUGUGGCCCCCUUGUGUUUGUGCUGAGUCCCGGAGCAGCGGCUUCCUGCUCGGGCUCAGGACCUCUCUCCUCCCCCUGCUGUCACUCAGCAUCCACUCAUCAUCACUACUGAACCACUUUACGACGGGCAAACUUACAUAAUACUCUGACCUCAGGCUGAACAGCCCUUUGUGUGUGUGUGUGUGUGUAUGUCAGAGAAUAUUUUUAAUAUUAGUUUGAGUUACAACAUUACAACAGCGUUAACACUGCAGUGACACUCUGGAAGAGCAGGGGAGUUUGGAGCUAAUUUGUAGUAAUUUUGUAAAGAGAAUGGGCUCAUAAAACUUCCAAAGACAAUAGGCUACAUCAUUUUGAACACUUUAUUCACUGUGUGUCAGCCAGUCCCGUAGGUGGCAGCGUUUUAUUCAGAUAAACGGUAGUUGCAUAACAAAUGGUACAUUCCACCCAGUUUACACAUCUACAUUGUUCUUUAAAGCAGAUCUAUUACGCAAGAUCGAUUUUUAACCAAGAUUUUAACGAUUCUCUAUUGUUUUCCACUCACCAUUUACUCAUCCGGAGUCGUAUUUGGAGUGAUUCGUGUUUAUUCGAUCAAUCUUUAACCGUUUAUUUUCUAGACGCCAUAUUGUCGAUCAAUCAGCCGUUUCUCCGCCACCGACACCGACACACACCCUCAGCUCUGAACCACGACGCUCUCCUGCUCUAGCGACAACUUAAGAGGAUAUAUAUGUUUCCUUUUGUGUGAGCCAUUACUUUAACAUGUCUGGAUCGUGGAGAAAGUGUUUUUUUGGCUGCCAGGGAAAGGCUGUUCUGUACACGUUUCCUAAAGAGGAGGACACUCGAGGGAAGUGGUCAGAGUUCGUGUUUGGGGACCAACCGUUCAAAAAAAACUCUUUUGUUUGUGCUCGACACUUCACCGAUGACUGCUUCAUAAAUAAAGAUUUGGUGGAAACUGGAAAAGUCGGACGUUUAACUCUAAGACAUGGAGCAGUCCCAACAAUAAAAUUUGUGUCUCCUCCGGACUGUAAACCCAUUCUUCCAUCAUGCUCAUCUGAAAAAUCUCCUAGUGUCAAAACUAAGAGAUCGGUGGCCACACAAUUAUCUUUGGGGACAUUACAGUUUCACAGGAGUAAAGGUGUCCAAGUCACUGCCAGUACAUUUAGCAGAGGUACAAACACUGAGCAGCCAUGGGAUCCACUGUCCUCAACCACCGUAAAACCAGCCAUCUUGUUUGGUAAAAGACCAGCAAAAAGGCCUCGUGUGGAGGUGAAGGAGGAAGAAGAGGAGGAGGGCAUUCCAUUCUCUAUCCCAUUAACACAGGAGUCCACAUAUGAACCAGGCAUCUCUAUGACUGAUGUAUCUGAUAUGAGUGAGUCGGACUCCUCAUUAUAUUGUAUGGAUGCCAAGUACAUUGUUUUUGAGAGCUGUCUUCGGGAGCUCUUUGACAAAUGCCCCAUCUGCACUAAACAGUGUGUUGUUCUGCAAAGGAGGUGUGGUACAUUUGUUGCCUUUGUCCAACAAUGUCCACACUGUUCAUACAGUCGGAGUUGGCAGAGCCAGCCCAUGAAGAACAGCACCCCCCUGGGGAAUCUGCAGCUGUCAGCAGCGGUGUACUUCAGUGGUGGAUCGUUUGUGCAAAUGUCAAAGAUUUGCCAGUCCAUGAAUCUGAAGGUGCACCAAUAUGACAGCUUUCGCCGACAUGCACGCACCUAUUUGGAACCUGCCAUUUAUCACAAGUGGAAAGUGGACCAAGAAAAACUCUUUGUGGAAAUGCAAGCAAAGGAAAAAGUUGCUGUGUGUGGAGAUAUGAGGGUAGAUUCACCAGGGCACUCGGCUAAGUUUGGCACAUACACACUUAUGGAACUGGGAACCAACAAGAUUCUUGAUCUUCAACUUGUUCAGAGCAGUGAAGUUGGUGGCAGUUUCUGUAUGGAAAAAGAAGGACUGAAAAGAUGUCUUGAUCAUUUGGAGUCAAACUUAAUAAAUUUGGACUACAUAGUCACUGACAGACAUUCACAAAUUCAGAAAUAUCUGCAGGAGAGAGGAGUAACACAGUACCAUGAUGUUUGGCAUCUUGUGAAAGGCCUAUCCAAAAAGUUGGAAGCACUGGCCAAAAGCAAGGAUUGCACUAUAGUGAAAAAAUGGUUGCCAGCAAUCAAAAAUCACAUGUAUUGGUCAGCUAGUACUUCCACAACAGGACCAGAAAAAGUUGCAAAGUGGAAGUCGCUGGUGAAUCACAUUCAAAAUGUGCACACGCAUGAAGACCCGCUUUUCCCAAAGUGUCUACAUCCUGAGAGAUUAUCCAGGGACCCAAAUAAGUGGUUCAAACCAGGCACCGUGGCUCUGUACAAAGUGGAUAAAAUGCUUUUAAAUAAACGGGUCCUUCGUGAUGUUGCAAAACUGAGCUCUAUUCAGCAGACCUCAUCCCUGGAGUCUUUUCACAGUGUGAUUAUAGAGUUCCUCCCUAAGAAUGUUGCCUUCCCCUUUAUUGGGAGGCUGUGCAGGCUCUAUCUAGCAGCCAUGCACUUUAAUGAGAAUGCAACACAAGAAGAGGCAACUUCUAAGGAAAAACAGGCCUCUGGAGUGGCUUUUCCAGAGUCAUUAAGGGGACGACCUCCAGCUGGACCAGUAAAGACAGAAGACACAUACGAAUAUGUCAGCGACCUGAUGCAGCUGGUCUUCAGUGACCUUUUGGAAGACCCCGCUCCAUUCGUAGAGCAGCUGAAGAGGGCACCUGUGCCGGAGGAAUUAAGAGCACAGUUUGAGAGGCCACAGAAGGAUGAUCUUGUCGCUGUGCCACGUUUUAAUCCAGGAGUGGCACAAAGUCUGCAGGCUGAAAGUCAACUUAGUGGCCAUCAGGAUCAGGAAAUUCCUUGCGGAUCCAGAGAACAGGAAACAAUGUCUCUGUAUAUACUGCCAUGAAAACUUCACAUUGGUUUUACUUGAUGAUCAUGUUAUUUGUGUUCAAUGAAUGCAGGAAAAUGUCAAAUAAAUGUAUAAAUGUGUG